ACCUCGGGACUCCCGCGCGCUCCCCGGCCUCCGCCCCACCAUGGCCUCCGCUGGUCUGCAGAUCCUGGGGAUCAUCUUGACGCUGCUCGGCUGGGUGAACGCCCUGGUGUCCUGCGCGCUGCCCCUGUGGAAGGUGACCGCCUUCAUCGGCAACAGCAUCGUGGUGGCCCAGGUGGUGUGGGAGGGGCUGUGGAUGUCGUGCGUGGUGCAGAGCACGGGCCAGAUGCAGUGCAAGGUGUACGACUCGCUGCUGGCGCUGCCGCAGGACCUGCAGGCCGCCCGCGCCCUCUGCGUCGUCACCCUGCUGGUGGCGCUGCUCGGCCUGCUGGUCUACCUUGCGGGCGCCAAGUGCACCACCUGCGUGGAGGACAAGGACUCCAAGGCCCGCCUCGUGCUCGCCUCUGGGAUUAUCUUUGUCAUCUCGGGGGUCCUGACCCUCAUUCCCGUCUGCUGGACGGCCCACACCAUCAUCCGGGACUUCUACAACCCCCUGGUGGCCGAGGCCCAGAAGCGGGAGCUGGGGGCCUCCCUCUACCUGGGCUGGGCCGCCGCUGGCCUUUUGUUGCUGGGUGGGGGGCUGCUGUGCUGCACCUGCCCCUCUGGGGGCGCCCGCGGCUCCAGUCGGUACCUGGCUCGUUACUCAGCCUCCGCCCCGCGCACCUCCCAGGGGCCCUCCGAGUACCCCACCAAAAAUUAUGUCUGAUUUGCAUAGGAGAGUGGGGCACCCCUGACCGUGGGGCCCAGUCACCUGAGCUGACAGCUUCGGAUUUUUUAUUUUUUUGGUUUUGCCUUUUAUUGGGGUGGGGGGAUUACCUUUAAGCCAUUUGAUAAUCCCACCCAGAAGAAACAGACUCCCACCUGAGCGCUCGCCUUUGGAUGGAGCCAAAGAAGUGACACUUCAGAGUUUCUGGAUCUUUCUCCACCUAGACAUCCCCAUCUUGGGGGCCAGUCUGGAGCCAUGGGCCCAACAUGAAAGCUGCUCGCUCUUGGGGUGCUUUGUGACAAGACCCUGUGACAGCCUGUCCCCAAGAGUCCCUGCUGCUGCUGGGGGAGGGACCCCUGGGCUUGCAGGGACAAACCCUCCCUCAGGCCUUUGUUACCAAAGAACCCCGCCCAGCCCUUCACCCUCCUGCCCGUCCCCCUCACCUCCUGCCCCCCUCACCUCCUGCCCCUCACGCUCUGCCACACUCACCCACACUCACAGUUUGUGCUAAAUAAAGUGUUUUG